CGUACACUUACCCACACACACUUCUUUACUCGCGCAAAGGAAAAUGGAAAAAAAUAUCUGUAUAUCCAAAGGCUGAGGCUUUCACACUUCUUUGCCCUACCGUAUAUUUUGCAGGCGUAGUUUUAUGAGCUUUGCUUGAGAAGAAUUGGUGGUUACAUUCAACAACAAUUGAAUUGUGUUCUGUUCAAAUUGAUUCACUCUUCUCUCUUAUAUUAAAAAAUCAAAUAUUGUAGUACUGGGUUAUUUCAAUUAUGGCUGUUCUAGCCCAGUAUUGGCAUGGCAACCUGGGCUCCUUGCCAACCGUGACAAUGUCGUAUAGAAGCAUGUGUUCAGGAUACAUUGAGAGGUACCAUAAAAAAAUGUACAUGGGAAGCAAGCAGGCAAACUGGAGCCAUCUGCAAGGUGUUAACAAAAUGAAAUGGAGGGCUGUUAAAGGAGGAGGUGGUUUUGAAGAGGGCAUUGAUGAUGACAAUGAAGAAGAAGAAGAAGAAGAAGAGGAGGAGGAGAAAGAGGAAGACGAAGAGGAUGAGGAAGAAAAUUUGAGCUUUUGGGAGAGGAAGGAAACUCAGGAUAAAAUGAAAGAAUUGGAGGACAUGAGAGAGUUGAUUAAAGAUGUAGAAAAGUUUCAAACUGAAGAGGAAGGUGCUGCAGCUGAAAUUAAAGAUGAAGCUUCUACUGAGAAUCAAGAAUCUGAAGAAGAAAGGAAAGCAAGAUUUCGUGAAGAGCUUGCCAAGCGUGCAAAGGAGCUUGCUGAAAAGAGAAAAAAAGCAGAAGUAAUGUUUCAGAUGGGUCAGCGUGCCUAUGGAAAGGGAAAGUACAAUAAGGCAGUAGAGCUGCUUGAAGGUGCACUUUCAAAUGUUCCAGAAGUAUCACUUGUAGGUGGUGAGAUUCAGCUCUGGCUUGCUAUGGCCUAUGAGGCUCAUAAUCGCCAUAGUGAUUGUAUUGCACUUUACAAAUUUUUAGAGAACACCCAUCCAAUUAAAGCCAUUCGUCAAAAAGCUGCUGGUUUGCGGUUUAUCCUUGAAGCACCAAAAUUAAAAAUUACAGAGGAAGAGAUGGUCAGCAUUCCCCUAAUGCAGUCAAAUUAUGACAGCUCUAAGGGAUCAUGGAGCCAGACGUACAGAAAUAGGAGGACAGCUACCAUUAGUAAAGAAACUCCACGUACAAAAGACUAUUUUGUAGAUUUUCUUGUUUGGAAAAGUCCACAAUGGGAGCGCAAUCCAAUAUUUUGGGUGGCCGUUGCUGGGUGGCUCACAUUAGUUGGGGUGGCUCUUGUUUUUCAAGACUAAGCAUUUCUGCUGCUUCCUGUGGACAGAAGUAUGGAAAAUGAUUCAUUGUAAGUUUCCAGUUUUUCUUCGUUUGAUUCGAUUGUUUUAAAAAUGGGACCAAUUCUGAAGUAAUUCAAAAGCGACAAUAUAUUGUUCUGCUGGAAUUGACUGAUGAUAGGGCAUUGAAUUAAAUGCUUGAGGGUUAUUCGCGGGUAUUCUUAUUCAUCAGUAAAACCUAGAAAAUUUGACAAAGGAAAUUCUGUACAUAUUAUCAAAGCCAGGCUUGAUUGUAAGUAGUAUAUAUUCAUUACUUGAGAGAUGGAUGAUGACUCGAGUUUUAGGCACAUGUAAGGAAGCGGAUAUGAAUGAUUAACAAAAUCGAAGGCAAAUUCAUAAGCAUCAAAGGUGGGUAAAAUCUCCAAUUCUGCAACAGUCACCUUUACUAUUAAUUAUCGACAGCUUCUACUCCAGGGGUAUGAGAACAACAAGAUAAUAGUGUUUAUUAUUGAAUCAUCUUUGACAUGUAGUUGUUUUGUUUAGUGUCUCUAUAAUUUGGUUGGAAGUUUAUAAUGUAAACUGCAACCUUAUUCUUUUGUGCCGUCUCUAGUAAUUGAUUGGAAAUAGGCAAAACAAACUGCAAAUUUCUACUAA